AUGGUUUUCAGCUUUUUCUCUGGAAAGAAACAACAGCCUCUGGCACCGCCAGAAUUUGUCCCUCUUCCUCCAUCCCCGUCGCAUCCAGCGACGCAAUUGCCACAGUCGCAACUUGUAUUCGAAGCGCAGACGCAGACUCAGCUGAGGACACCAUCGCCUUCGGUUGCUUCCGUAUCUCUGGUACAUUGCGCUCCUCAGUCACCCUCGCCCGCCACCAAGAUGGCACGCCUAUCCGUCGAUGAGCACGCGAGACAGGUCUCGCCCACCAGACAAUCGACGUCGAGGAUGACUGCUCCAGUAUUUCCGACACAGUUUAUUCCCCCAGAAGCAACGGCAGAAUCACUCACUACCCAUAUAUCCUCAAUACCAGCAAAAGUCGUGCAUAGUUACAUCAUAUCCCAAGUCCCACGCGCAUCUGAAGACAUCCUCUCCGCUCUCGCGAAUUUCUUCUCGGAGCUCUCUCCUCCGCCUCGAUUGCACUGCGUCCGCUGUCAUAAGGAUUACACAGAAGUAGACAACGACGACCGCAGCUGCUUGGUGCCACACGACGACGAGAGUGCCGAAGUCGAGCGCGUCGGAAGGAACGCGAACAGGGGCGGCAGGUCCGCUGGCGAUCCUGGAACGACAUACGAGACAAUCUGGGGGUGUUGCGGGAAAGUCACAGAGGGAAAUGGAGAUCAAGGCCCGCCGGACGGGUGGUGUUACGAGGGGAAGCAUACGACCGAUACUAAACGUGCACGCUUCCGUGCAGACUCCACCCCUCAAAACGACAAACUGAUUUCUUGCCUCCGCCUCAACUGCCAUGGCAUUCGUGACCAACUUCCGCGCGCAUCGCUUCGCAAGCGGCGCCGGAGCGUGAAUCUGAAGGAACCCGACACCGAUGAGGACGCAAGUAAAGGGGAUCCAGAUAGCGGCGUGGACGAGAUUGUUGGUAGGAUACCUAAGAACAAAGGCAAGGGCAAAGAGAAGGCCAAGUCUGUGGAUGACGAGCAGAUGGACGUCGAUCAGGACAUGGAGAGCGCUAGCAGAGCAGGAAGCCCGCGCGGACGCCCUCGCGCUCGAGCGAAAUCAACGACUACUCCUAGUGCUAAUGCGCCCAAACGCCGGGGCAGGCCACCAAAGGCGAAGGCAACGGUAGAAACCGACGGCGAGGAUGCGGAUGCAGAUGACACCACGUCGGUCAGGUCUGCACCGACUGCGCCAAAGCGUCGCGGGCGCAAGCCAAAGAGUAAGGCAUACAUCUCAGAUUCUGACGCCGAGGGUGAGGAAAGACGGGGUCCACGAACGCGUUCACAGAGCCGAACACGUGCAGCAACGUCUUCCGCGACCCAGAAGCCGUUGAGUAUGGCAGCUAGUGCAAGUGCAAAACCUAAGUCUCGCGUCAGGAAGGCAAAGGCCACAGAUGACAAUGAUAUAGACGUUUCAAGGCGGGGUGAUGGUGAUACAGAGGACCAACCGAAGAAGAAACGUAGGGUUGCUGCCUGA